CAUCUUUCGAAACUCCAAAUGCCGUUCAAGCAGUCCUGUCACCACUGGACAUGCCACAGACUCGACAGCGAAAAGGCCGCGAGACCCGCGGCUUGAACACCUCAAACGUCGACCUCAAGGCGGCCCCUACCUCGAACAGCAUCAGGGAUCCUGGCGCCACCGAACCAGACAUGACCGCCUCGUCGUCCGUUCUGGGUGCCCUGCGCCGUCAACCAGUCUGGAUCGUGCUUGCAGUGUCAAGUGGCACAUGUGCUGCCUUCAAUGGCGUCUUUGCAAAACUAACCACCACUGCGCUGACCUCGACACUCUCCUCGCACAUCUCGCUCUUUUUCUCCUUGUCACCAACGAACCACUUCGUCGAAUUCCUCGUGCGCGGAACCUUCUUUCUUCUCAAUCUUGCCUUCAAUGCUGCCAUGUGGGCUUUGUUUACUGCCGCCUUGAGGCGCGGGGACAGUGCUACUCGUGUCAGCAUCAUCAAUGUCUCGGCGAAUUUCAUGGUGACUGCGAUUCUAGGGUGGAUGAUUUUCAGUGAAAAGUUAAAUGGCAUCUGGUGGGGAGGCGCGGCACUGUUAGCUGCAGGCAAUGUCAUCAUCGGACGCAGAGAGGAAGGAGAAAAGCAGCGGAAUGCAGACAAUGAAUUCGGUGGUUCAGCGAGACAGUCGGAGGAUGCAGAGAGGCUGCUGGGCACCACGGGCGAAGAGACGCUACUUGAAUUAGAUGACGAGCCGGAGCAAAGGAGGAAAUCGAAUGACGAGCUAUCGAGACUGAUGAGAGCGGAAGAGGCUGAUGCCCCGUUGUGAUUCACUACAACAUUUCUUGAUAUGAAUCUAUAUCGGUGGUCGUUUCUCAACCGCCACAGCCAACAUCGAAGCCAAUGCAGCAGUACAGUUCUGCAGGCAAGAUUGUUCAUAUGGAUAGUCUAACAGAUCCUAACAGACUGCAGGUCACUGAAUGAUACACAUCCUUCAAUUAGUAACGGGGCACGCAGCGUGUAUGCACCAACACUGAGAACAACAAGAUCUCUACUGCUCUUGCAGUGAGGCAUGGCUCUAGAGCCUUCCAGAUGGGCAACAAGACCCCAGGCGAAGCUUGUUGGCAAAUCCCACAAGGCAUACUGAGAGUUGUCUCGGCUCAAAGUUACUCUUGGUCUUCUCACAACCUUCACCCUCUUCUUCGGAUCUCGAGGUUUCGAUAAUACGAACCUUCAUAGAAUAUGUCAGAUGAUGAAGGCAGUCCUGA